GAUCGUUCGCUCACAGUCUAGCCGCAGUUCUUGCCAACGUUGGUUGCGUCCUUCGUUUCUCGCGCGCGUCUGUCUAUUUUGCCGUUGUUGUUGUUUUGUUUUGGGAGACUUGAAAAUUCGCACGGUGCGCCUUACCUACCCCCCGUAGGACCCCGAAGUUGUUCAGCAGUAGCAACGCGUGUGGUGUCGGCAUCGCGGGACUCGAGAGAAGGUGUAUUCUUUAAUCCGGGUCGGUUGUUGGAUUGUGGAUUGUGCAAUUGGUUGUUGGUUGGGAAGAAUAUUUGCUCUAGUGGCUCCCCAAAGGUAGUGUUUUCGGUUUGCUCUCAUUACUAAAACGGCCGGAUACUCGACCGAUUCCUUAUUUACCCUCGAUCGGUGUCACAGGAGACGCAGAGAAGCGGUUCCUGAUUGGGUCCCAACAUCUGUUUCGGUGUGUAUAGCUUUUCCCACCAUCUAUGAAUAAUAGAAGUCAGUGAGUGAGUGAAGUGAUCCGUUUUUGCGUGGAGAAGUGUGUCUACUGCUUGAAAAAAAAAGUAUCAAAUUGCUGAAACCAUUGGCAUUGGCAGCUGUCAGGCGGAAACUCUGCGUCGGAAUCGACCCCCAGAAGGCAUAUGGUGGAAUGAAUACAAACCAUAGAUGAUUACACGAAAGAUUGACUAAAUGCCAUGGAAUCUUCGCACCACGGCGCACCGUCGUCACUCGUCAUAGCGCCCUCGCCGUCAGCCUCAUCCUAUAAAAGCCCAAUCCGACCGAAGGGUCACUACCGAUCGUCCUCGUUAGAAAACAACCCCUUCGUUUCGAUCGGUGGUAAGUCCGCCCUUAGUUUGGUGCAGACCAACUUCACGGGGACGCUGAAAUCCCGCCGAGAGCAGAAGCGAAUUUCCGAUUUCCUCAGCAAGCAAAGCUUAUCGGCUGCCACAGUGAUAGGAUCCGCUACCAGCGGCAAUAGUGGCAAUAGCAGAGAUCAGAGCGAAAGUAGUAUACGGAAGGCUCACUUCGAGAACAUUCGAGAGAUUUUCGAAAAGAAUAACAACAAAAAUGCACAAUACGGAAAGGUAACGGCAAGCAAUGUAACCAAUGCUGUCAAGCUUAGUGGCUUAGCAGGAGUAUCAUCCACCCCCGGACAGGAACCGCCAGCAGUGACGGGCAACAGCUUGCUGUCCGAAGACGAUAAACCGCCUAGGAUACAGUCUUGCAGCGGAAUCCUGGGGAAGGGCAAACAAGUGAUCCGACCGAUCGCAUUCAAACCAGUUCCUUACAAAUGUAAUACACCAAAUUUCGCCAGCUCUACCGGCGGUAGCAGUGGUCGACUGGCGGACCUCGGCGAACGCUACGGCUCCACGCCAACCCUCGGACCCUCGAUGAGUGUCCAGUACAAGUUCGGUAGCACGACUGAUCUUCAUCAUCACAACCACCACCACCACCAGCACCAUCAUCAUAAUCAUAAUGGCGGCGGUGGAAACGCUACACCGACAAAUAGCGCCGUAUCGAUGCCCACUCCUGGCAUUAACUAUCCGCACCACCAUCAGUACGGCACACUGCAGAGGAAGAACUCCAGCAUUCCGUUUAAAACCUACGACAGUCUUGAGUCGAUCCUGAAGCUUCCGGAUAGUAUGAUCGCGUCCUAUCCAAAUUCGAGUAUGAGGUAAUCUUUGAUAACAUAUAGAGCAAUUCCACGCCAAAUCAGCCGGCCGCUGACUCAAUUUCUCCGAUUUUUUUGAAAC